UCAUUAAUCAUUUAUUUUAGUGUAUCCAUAAGAGCCAAUCGAAAUGGAUGGCAAUCGAGCAAAAACGGUCUCCAAGUUGCGGAAUUUCGCGUUUGCUUGUUUCGUUCUUUUCUUAAAGAUCAAUCUUGUCAACUCUAAUAAUCUCACUUCAAUUAGUGUCAAAGCUCAAUCUGGUGCCAAUAUCGACUUGAACGGACCUAAUUAUACAGAUAUCGGCAAUGGGAACCACGGUCAUAAUUACAGCGAAUAUGACCCAAAGGGAAUGGGCGGUUUUUAUAACAUGACCAUCAACUUUAUGAACUUGUUGGUACCUCAACAAAUUUUUCCUGAAGGUUCUGUUGAGGUGGUAAAUGGAGAAGUGAUAGUAAAUGAAUUAAAGCCGCUGUUGUCACAUUACGCGUCCUUACUUGCGUUUGUAAUAAUACUCUUAGUCAUCGGUAUUUGUAUGCCUUUAUGCGGAUUAUGCUUCUGGUGUUGCCGUUGCUGCGGAAACUGCGGCGCUAAUCCAAAACCGUUGGAUAAAAAUGGAGAUCUCAGCAAAAAGAUAGGCCUGGCCUCCGCGCUAGUCGUGCUUGGAACACUGUUGUUGUUUGGAGUAAUUAGUGCGUUUGUGAGCAAUGAGCAGUUGCAGGAAGGAACCGUCCAAUUACCUAACAAUGUAACAAUCACGGUCAGAGAUAUUGAUGUGUACAUACAGUCGACAUCAGAUCAAAUCAACAUUUUACUUAAAGACAAUUACAAGGAACUGGAAGGUGUUCUUGUCACUAAUUUGGAUGAUUGCAGUGCUAUCCUUGCCGAUCAACUCGAAGAGAUUUCAAAUGCGACAGCUUUAACCGAAGUAGUUAAAAUAGUCGGCAGUUUGGAUGACAUUCGCUCAAAUCUCACCUUUCUGCAGGGAGUCACGGAAGAGAUGCCUAAAAAAGCGAACGAACUCAAGGACGUACUGCAAAAUGUGAAAAAUAGUUUACAGGAAACCUUGCAGAAGUGUUCACAGAAAGAGUGCGCCGAUAUGCUAACACAGCAUGUGAAUCAACUUGGCACCGUUACUGAUUUUGAUUCGUUGCCGAAAAUAACCGAGCAAAUAAAAGAAUUGGAUAAAAUUUUAAAAUCCGGAAUUACAAAUAAUGUGUUAGAAGGACAGAGAGAGUUGGAGAAAAUUCAGAAGGAAAUAAAGGGUCAAAUCGGCACGCAAAUAGAGAACGUGAAAAAGUCCGUAGAUGAGGCCGGAAAACAGAUAGUAGCGGGCGGCUCAAAUAUAACUUCCGUUUUACGGGAUCUCGGGCAGACGCUGGAGAAUUCUGUGGAGAAGCCGUUGGAGGAGUUUGGGGGUUACUUGGAUGAAUAUUCGGUGUACCGUUACUAUCCCGAGCUUGCUGUUUGUUUGAUUUUGCUCAUCGUUGUACUUUGUAUUGUACUUGGACUGAUGUUUGGAGUUUUUUGCAAGCAUCCGGAUGCUAACGGUGGUAAUUGUUGUGAUAAAUCUAUGGGAAGUUGCUUCUUAAUGAUAGGAGUUGGGAUGAUGUUUUUCAUCGCAAUUAUUUUAGUCGUUGCGAUUAUAAUACACGUUUCUGUGGGAAUUGCAGGGCAAAGAGUAAUUUGCGAUACACUCCGAGAGCCCAAUAACAGUCAGAUUGCAAAGCUGAUUGACGACAUCCUGAAAGGAACCGACAGCGCUGGCAUAGGCAUCGAUAUAGAAAUCAAUAGGGUGCUCAGUUCCUGUCAUCAAAAUUUAAGCUUCUAUAAUGUCUUUGAAUUACAAAAUCUAUUUGACAUUGACGAAAUAAUCACAUAUUUGGAUAAAUUUGAUAUUACCAAGAUGCUCAAUGAGCUAAUCAAGCAGAUUCAGGUAGAUACUGAACAUAUUACUUUGUUGAGUGCGGAUGCCGAAAAAAAUUUACGAAAUCUAAUUGCUUCUGGUAUAGCAAAUAUCAAGUUUAUUAUGUUUAUUGACAAGUUUAAUACUACCAUUACCACAGUCAAUUUAGAUCUCUUAGCUGGCAAGUUGAACGAAUUGAAUGGAAUUGUUCCAAGUGGAGUCCAAGACGAAUUAACCAAAUCUGCAAGCAAGUUACGUGAAUAUCAACAGACGUAUGUCCUUCCAAUGAUAACGACAGCUCAGAAGACGAAGGUGGUAGCAAAAAAUUUAAUGGAGGGCCUUAAGUUCGGAAAAGAAUCCUUUGAGAUGGCCAUAAACAGUUUAAUUGAUGAGGUAAAGGCAGCAGAAGACUAUCUUCAAAACAAGGGAGUAACCGCUUUGACAAAGAUUGCUCGCAAUUUCGUGCUCGAAAUUGAAAAACUGAUAAGAAGCUAUUUGUACAGGGUCAUCGACAAUACAAAAGAAAAAGUCGGACAGUGCGGUCCAUUGAGCGCGGGAUUAAAUUCAACCUUAAUUGCCACUUGCGACAAGAUCUUGCUUCCUUUGAACGGGUAUUGGUUCAGCUUAUUUUGGUGCUUACUUUUUUUCAUUCCGACACUAAUAUGUUCGAUAAUAUUGGCAACGAUGUAUAAAAAAUCCGAACAGUUUCAAGGACUACAAUCUUAUGAUGGACAUAUUCAACGGCCAAAAUUCAAUAUCAACGCCCAGAAAACAUAUGACUACGAAUACUACGAUGCAUCGCGACAUAGGAUCACACCGGAUAAAAUGAUGAUGGUAUGGACCACCGUAUGGAGUUCGAUCGACGCGGCCCCCAACCUUUAAGACGAGACUUUUUAUGGAAUUCCAACAAAAUACCGAAGAGCACCUACUAAAUUAAGACUGUUAUUCCAUAGUAAGGUAGGUACGUAAGCAAAGUUAAACAUGUCAUAAACUGACAUCGGACGUAUGUCGUACGAAAAUGAUCUAAUGCGCAACCAACCGUAGCACUCAUGGUGGAAAAACUGAACCAUAACAUUUUAAAGAAAGUUCCUUCUUCUGAUAGAUAUAUACAUUUUAGUCUUAGUGAACGUUAAAGCCUAAUCAAAACAUUUUAUUUGCGUAUUUUUGUAUUUUGUUAUAAUUCAAAAAUGUCUUAGUUAAGUGGUAGAGCAGCUCUCAGGGCUGUCUCACCACAAAACUGAACUUCGCCCCGUUAAAUUACGGAAUGUUAAUUUAUUUUUAUUAAAAUUAUUUAAUUUAUUAUCUAUUUCAACGUUUAUUUUCUAGGAUUACAUUAUUUU